GAGCAAUGCCGUGGCCUUGACAUUCUGCCAGAUAGGAAUGAAAAUCAAACUUUUAUAGACAGAGAGAUAAGAUUUAUAAGCAUAAACUAGAUCUAAGUAAGGCAAGAACUUGUACAACAGUAAAUAUGUCAAUGCCAAUCUUAUCUCAGUGCCAUCCCAAGUCAAGAAACAUUAUUUCAUUAUUCAGCUCAAAAGUCAUGAAUACUACUAGCCUUACAGGAAAUCUUCAGGCUUCGCUGAGGCAUUUCCCAUGCUGUAAAUGUGCAAGUACUUUUUCUAAAAAUCAUUUGUUGAGAAUCAAUAGGAGACGUUCUCAUGUGCUGCUUCAACCAUCUAAUCAUGCAAGGAUAAUCACAGGACAACAUUCCAUGACAUGGUCAUACUUGAAACAUUCAGUUAGGAUUUCAGAAAAACAGACUACAUCAGUCUCUGUUCUCAAUACAGCAUGUGUUACAAAUGUCCUUCAGACUUCAACCAAUUUAGUUGUUCCCAGUUCCCAUUUUCAUUUAAGCUCCCCAGAGCAAUGGACGGCAUUAAAACCCAGUAAUGACGCAGAGGAUCUUGCACCGAGCUCUUCGCAGCAAGUGCGGCAACAAGGCACAUUGCAGGCAGUCAAAUCAUUUAAUUUUUCAACAACUAAGUUCAUCUUGGACUCUUCACCUCAUUCUUUGCAACCUUACCUCAGGCUGAUUAGAUUUGACAAACCAAUAGGCACGUGGUUAUUGUACUGGCCAUGUACUUGGAGUAUUGCUUUAGCAGCACCGCCAGGAUGUAUGCCAGAUUUGAAAUUACUAUCGCUAUUUGGUGCAGGUGCUUUUUUUAUGAGAGGAGCUGGAUGUAUUAUCAAUGAUAUGUGGGAUAAAGACUUUGAUAAGAAGGUCGCCAGAACAAAAGCAAGGCCAUUAGCUUCAGGGGAGUUGACUUAUUUCCAAGCACUUGUCUUCUUGGGGACUCAACUGUCCUGUGCCCUUGCCAUCUUACUGCAGCUGAACACAUACAGUAUUUAUCUGGGAGUAGCCUCCAUGGGGCUAGUGAUAGUGUACCCACUGUGUAAGAGAUUCACCUAUUGGCCACAGAUAAUGUUAGGCUUCGCCUUCAAUUAUGGUGCCCUAUUGGGGUGGGCAGCAGUCAGGGGCACAGUAGACUGGCAGAUAUGUCUGACCCUGUAUUUUUCCAGUAUAUUGUGGACUCUUGUUUAUGAUACAAUCUAUGCUCAUCAGGAUAAGUAUGAUGACAUGCUGAUUGGGGUGAAGUCCACCGCCAUACGACUGGGCGAGCAGACCAAGCCCUGGAUGGUUGCAUUUACAACAGGGAUGACUGCUGGUUUGACUGCCACAGGGUUCAUGUGUGACAUGACAUGGCCUUACUACACUGCAGUUGGAAUCACAGCACUUCGACUUGCCCAACAGUUGUAUACAGUUCGAUUGGAUAAUGCUGAUGAAUGUGCCAAAGCUUUUCGUGGAAACUUUUAUCUUGGUGCAGUCAUGUUCCUUGGGAUUAUCUUCUCCAAUCUCCUCAAGCCUAAAGAGAAUGUUGAGAAAGAGCCCAAGGAUGUGGCAGUGAUCACUGACAUAUAAAAUGACUUGUGCUGGCGACAUUGGUUCCUUACAAGGUCACUGUGAUUUUUGCCAAUUUUUUAGAGACAGUUUAAAUGUAAUUUAGGAAGAAUUUUUGUGAUGUAGAUGAGGUGUAAAUGUUGUUUGUUUUUUUAAUAUGUUUCAGACAUUCCUUCAGAAUGAACAUUAUUACAUCCAGGGGAUAGAAGCAAGUGGGGGUUCAAAAGAAGCGCAUACCACAUGUAGCUUGUUGGGUAGCAUUGGUUAUAGUUUGUAGACUGAUUUAUGAGUAUAAUAAAAUACUGAGAAAUCAUUAUUUUUUAAUUAUUUACAAGAAAAUGCUUAAUAAUAAUAGUAAUGCUAGUAAAAAAAAAAGACAUUGGAAAUAGUUAAAUCAAAAAGCUUGUAAAAUGUCAAGUGACAAUAUUAGUAAAACAUUUGAAAUUUUAGUUAAUAUCUAUGUUUUCUGUGGUUGCAGUGAUUCCUUCAGCUAUUGUAUGAUCAGCUGACUGAUUGUUUGGACGGAGCUGUCAAUAUAAAGCUCUGUUCAGUUCUGAUUCAACUUCUUUUUCAUGUUGUGUUCCUCCCUUGUAAUUUGUAAUGAAACUGUUUCCUCUCUACCUUUGAGGCAUUAUGAUGCCAACAUGCAAAGUUGAAUGUUCCUAAGUCUUUUUCUUCUCUGAGUAUGUCCAUACUUAGAGAAUCUAAUGUUCUUUUUCAGAAGGACAGGUCAACUAGAACUACUUCAUUUGGUGUUCUGUUAGUUGAAGUGCAGGAUAAUGACUGGAUGGUGUAAUGGUAAGAGAUAUCUGUUUUAUGAAACACAAGUGAGAGCUCCCUUUACGUUCAUGCUCAUUCUUUGAAAUGGUUGGAUUGCUUUAAUGAGCUCUCUGGUUGGCUGUCUGAAAAAAAAGGGCUUCAGGUCAGCUCAAAUGCUGUUCAAUCUUAGUUCUGACAUCCUCAUACAAAAUGUAACAAUUGGGUAACCCCCAGAGAUGAGUUUCUGCCAUUGGUCAUGUCUGGGGCAUAGGCCACCAACCAGUUUCUUCCAGUCUCUCCAACAUCUUGCCCAACUGUUUCCAAAUUUCACUGCCAUGUAUUUCUCUUUCUAUGUGGGUGUUCCUGCUGAGAGCUUUUCAUCGCCAGCAACUCUGAAGGAUAUUGCUUUUGACCAGAACCAGUCUUGGACUCAAUCACAUUUGAAGGGUUAAAAUUUGUGUACUGUCUGAAAGGCAAACCAUAGAUAUUUUUGUAAGAAACCCUUCCUCUGUUCUUCACUAGCUUCAACUUGACUUUUCCCAUAACUGAGCAAGUGUCAGAUUUAUACUCUGAUGCCAUGAUAAAUUCAUGAUGGGAUUAUUUCAGACAUUAAUUUUAUUAUUGCUGCUGUAUUUAUUUCUUCUGUUGCAUUGUCAACAUUUCCUAUAACAAGAUCUAUCAGUGGAUCAUAAAAUAAUUCCACUAAAUACUUCCUCAUCGAUUAUAAUAUAUCUAAAUAAGCACAUGCAAAUGAGUAACUUUUAAUUUCUGCAUCAAUCUAAUGUAAUUUAAUCAUGUCUUAUAAUCAGUAUCUAUUAUAGAUAAAACUACUUUUCACAUCUAUGACCUUUGAGCCAAUGUCUCUUAGAACCGACACCUUUUUUUCUUUUUUAAAUAUCCACUCUUAGAAUACAAAUUACAGAUGAAUUUUUUGGUUGCUUUUAACUCGAAUAUCUUUUGUGGUGUUCUCAGGCGUUUGACAAAGUUCUUCGGAAACAUUUGUGUUCAAUUUCAAUGGUACCAUUGGUGCUCUCAUGUCUUUAUUUUCAAAUUCAUUUUUAUUCAUGGGUCUUAUUUUGUUUUAGUUGCGAUAAUGCUAAUGGACUGUUGAUCUACUGUAUUCAUAACUUGGUUAGUCACUAUCAGAGUAACUUCAUUCUAUUAACACGACUUUGUUCACUUGAGCUGAUUUAAUUAUUAUAGUGACUAUAGUAUAGUAUAUAUAUAUAUAUAGUAUUAUGUCUUCUCCAAUUGUCUGGCUAUGCACCAGAAAAAAUAAAAAGUAAUGUUGCACAUAACCAUAACUAUCAAUUAAAUGAUCAAAAAUAGACAAGAUUACGGCACAUUUCAUAAUCACAUUAUUUCAUAUGCUAGGACAAAUGUUUACAAGUAUGGUACUCCCUUCUUCCCUAUUGCGAACAAAGCAUGGAAUGGGUAGCCUGAAUCAGUCAGGAAAACCAAUGACUUAGCAGAGUUUUAGGUCUCUGGUUAACAUGAACAGGUCUAGAACCUAAGAGUAUAUUCUUUUUGAAGAAAUGUCUGUAAUUUCUAAGAGAAAAUGUAAAUGCCAGUGUGCAUGAGGUUGAGGUCUUCAUAAAUCUAAUUGAACUAUAAAAUAAAACUCAGCUGCUACUGCUGAAAGAUUAUAAUUUAAAAUGUUAUGAUUAUUAAAACUUAUUGAUCCUAUUGCUAGUUUUGCUUUCUUUUUCUGA